AUGUUCGACUCGACCAAGUUGCCUGCCUCUGAAUUCGAGCAGCGAUACGGACGAGUCCCCGACCACGGCGAGACCAUCUGGUCCGAUCUGGUGGCCGAAGGAGUGACUGCUCCCGAGGGCAAGUCGCACAUGACCAACCUGACGUUCCAGGCGCUGGGCGACAACAAGGUGCUGACUGCGGAUCUGUCCGACUCGCUCAACAAGAUGAACUUCACCAACAUGUCCGAGGUGCAGGCCCGAACCGUUCUGCCUGCUCUCAAGGGCGAGCAUAUGCUGGUGAAGGCCAAGACCGGUACCGGUAAGACGGCCGCGUUCUGCAUCCCCGCUCUCCAGCGAGCCCGAGACGCCAAGAUCAUCGACGGAGUCCAGGGCCUCAAGUCUCUGGUCAUUUCGCCCACUCGAGAUCUGGCCCAGCAGACCCUGGCCUUCCUCAAACAGGUGACCGCCAAGGGCCCCCUUAAAGACCUGACAGUGGCUGAGGCCGUUGGAGGAACCUCGGUUCGUCAUCUGUUGAACGAGACCGUCAACGACUACGAUGGCGGAGCCGACUUUCUGGUCGCCACCCCCGGACGUCUGCUUUUCCUGCUCAAGGACCCCCAGGCCGCCGAGUACUUUGCCAACAUUGACUCCGUGAUUCUGGACGAAGCCGACACGCUGCUGGACCAGGGCUUCGAGGCCGAUCUCUGCGAGAUUGUGCGUCUCAUCUCCACCUACACUAAGGACCCUUACCAGCGAAACUUCUACUCCGCCACUCUGGACGACCGAGUCAAGCGGUUUGCCAUCAAGAACUGCCAGGGCCGAGUGCGAGUGGUCGACGCUGUUGGAAAGGAAUCCCCCGCCCAGGAUCUGGUCGAGCAGCGGUUCGUCAAGAUUGAGGAGCUGGGAGACAUGCUGACCAUCAUGGCUCAGGAUAUGAAGCGAGAUGCUGCCGAGACUCUGCCCAAGGAGCCCUUCAAGGCCAUUGUCUUCUGCCCCACCAAGCGUCUCACCGAGACCAACCACGCCAUUCUCAAGCAGCUGGUGUACGAGCAGGGCGACAUUUUCGGCUGUGAGGCCCGAAACGUCUUUUCUCUGCACUCGGAUAUGUCCCAGAAUGGCCGUCUUCGAGCCGCCGAAAACUUCCGAAACACUCCUCAUUCGAUACUCGUCACCUCUGACGUUGCUGCACGAGGUAUGGACUUCCCCAAUGUGACCCACGUCUACCACUACGGAGUCACCAACCAGUUUGAGCCCUACGUGCACCGAAUGGGCCGAUGUGGACGAAACGGAGCCACCGGAGUCUCCACCAUGUACAUGAUGGAGCACUCCAAGUGGUACCUGACCAUGCUCAAGCGAAACAAGAUGCUUGACAACGCCGACAAGGUCAAGAUUCUGGAGGAGGAGCCCGAGGAGUCCGUCAAGGAGAACGUGGCUAAGGCCACUAAGGCUGCCUUUUCCUCCGGAAAAGACAAGACUCCCAACGGCCACGACGCUUCGCGAAUCGCCUCGGCCGUGACUUCGUUCAUGGGCUAUUACAACUCGUGUUCGCCCGACAUGAAGCCCAACGACAAGCCCAAGCAGGUUUUCUCCUCGUUUGUGUCGCUGUGUCGGUCUCUUGGAAUGGAGGGCAACCUCAACUUCCAGUCUCUCGACCGAUCAGGCAUGUUCUCCCAGAACUUUGGUAUUGAUCGACGAGACAUUUCGCAGCUUGCCAUUCCUCGACGAGACGCCGUUCCCCAGUCUAUCUCCGAGACUUUGUUUGGAGUUGACGCCAAUGACAUUGACUACAAUGACACCACCUCUCAGGCCGACAGGCUCCGGGCUCAGCGAGGCGGCAGCCGGGGAGGUAACCGAGGCGGCUACAACAGCCGAGGAGGUGACCGAGGUGGAUACAACAAGCGAGGAGGAGAUCGGGGUGGAUACAACAGCCGAGGAGGAGAUCGAAACAACUACCGAAAUGACCGUGGAGAUCGAAACUACGACCGAAAUGAUCGAAACGACCGAAACAACAACAGAUACAACAACCGAAACGACCGAAACGACCGAAGCGGAGGAAACUGGGGCAAGCGAGAGCAGUACUAA